AUGGCUCAGCCGAGUCAAGUAACUCUUAAUAUAGAGGAUGAGAACCCUGAUUCAGUGGAAAAUAGCAAUCUUAAUAAUGCACUCCAUAGAACGGACCCAAUAUCAAGACCUAUGGUCGCAAAUAGAAGUAAUUUAGGCCUCGGAGACAGACUUAAUAGUGUUUUCAGGGAAAUAAGACCGCUAGUAGAACAUGCAAGAAUGGGCAACAAUUCAAGACUAUCACUACCGACAUGGUUACCAAGAAAUUCGCUGGGCAUCCAAACAGCCGGGGAGGUGACGCAAAGACCGCAGAGUUCUAUAGCCCAUGUGAAUCUUGGACCUACAGCUCAAACAUACAUAGUAACGGACAGAGGAGUUCAGGUGUCACCGAGACAGGAUCACGGGAUGAGCAACAGUGCUUCAAAUGAUUCGAAUCUAUCAGAAAGAGCACAGGAUCAGGUAGACAUAAAUGUAUCGGUGAAUCCCUCAAACAAUAAUAAUAUUAAUGACAAUGCUGAUAACGAUAGUCAGAGUGAAGAUGGAACCCAGCAGGUAGUUGAUGUUAGAGCCACUUUGAACCUGUUGUUGCGUUAUGCUCCGUUCUAUAUAAUUCUAUACAUUAAAUACAUGUAUGACAGUCGAGAGGGUAUAUUCACAUUUGUUGUAUUACUAUGCACAUUCUCACACGGAAACGGCUUGGUUAAGAGAGAAAAUGGGAAACAGAUGAAUAGGAGCUUACUAGCAUUAUUUAGUGAAUUUGUAUUUGCUACGAGUUCUAUAUUAAUCGUCCAUUUCCUAUGUGGUCAUGGGAAGCUAUUGGAGAAUGUGGUGAUGUUUCCUGUUUACACGGAGCCCAUCACAGUUUGGGAACUGCUAUGGCUUGUUAUAUUAACGGAUCUCAUUGUGAAGAUUAUAACGGUCAAUAUAAAGAUUCUGAUCACAAUGUUGCCAGCUUUUAUAUUACCGUUCCAGAAGAGGGGUAAAGUGUAUUUGUUCACGGAGGUGGUGUCCCAGUUGUACCGCUCCAUAAUAACUAUCCAGCCGUGGAUUUUCUACCUGAUGCAGUCCUACGAGGGUUCGGAGCGGAUGGUGGGCAUGUUCCUCACGGCGCUAUACGUGAUCUCCAAGGUCGUGGAGAUACUACUCAGACUGAGACUAGUCAAGAACGCCACUUGGACUUUACUGCAGAGCGUCAGCCUGGGCACCAAGCCAACUUGCGAACAGAUGGUAGCCGCUGGUGAUUCCUGCCCUAUCUGCCACGAUGACUACACCACGCCAGUCAGGCUGACCUGCAGCCACAUCUUCUGUGAGCUCUGCAUCUCCGCCUGGUUGGAUCGAGAGCACACAUGCCCUCUAUGCCGUGCGAAGGUCGCUGACGAACCUACUUGGAGAGACGGAUCAACUACAUACGAUUUCCAACUCUGUUAA